AUGCCUGCAUUCACGAUAAAGUGCAACGUUGAACUUUCAAAGGAGAAAGCUACAGCGCUGUGUAAGGAGGCGAGCAAGGUCAUGGCUGACAUUUUGGGGAAACCCGAGUCGUUCGUGACUGUGACUUACGAGGUGCCGCUAGCCAUGACCUGGGACGGUAACGAGGAACCGGCUGCCGUUUGCAUGCUACUUUCUCUUGGAACCUCUAGCCCGGAACAUAACGUCAAGGUAUCCGCCAAAGUUGCAGAACUUUUGCGUAAACACUGCGGGGUGCAGCCGAGUCGCUACUAUGUGGAGUUCGUGGACCCUCCGCGGAGCGACCUAGGUUGGAAUGGACGCACUUUUGCGUAA